GCUUUAGUCGAUCAGAUAAUUUCCAUGCUCAUUUUAGGACUCAUGAAAAGAAAGCGAUGACAAGACAAGAGAAAAAGUAGUUCAAAAUUCUUCUUCAUUUGCUUUACCUUCUGUACAAAAGAAAAGCUUGAUUGAAAUUGAAGAAACAAAGAAGCCUCAUGCUUGUACUCAUCCUGAUUGUGAAAGACGGUUUAGAAGAUUAGAACACUUGAGAAGACAUAUGAGAAUUCAUACUCAUGAGCAACCUUUCAAAUGUAAUUUCCCUGGUUGUUUCAAGGCCUUUAGUAGAUCAGAUAACUUGUCUCAACAUCGUAAAACACAUGAAAGACGUAAUCAUAAUAAUUCAAGAUUAUCAACCAACAAGUUAGUAGAAGAAUCAUUCUUACACCAACAACAAAACCCUCAUGUUGUAACUCAUAGUAAUGGAAAUAAUAACGUACAUGAUUCCUUUACAUUGGCUGAAUUUAUUCGUGAUAAUCAAUAUAAUAAUACCACUAUUACUGCUACUACAGCAACAACAGCUAACACUAACAAUACAAAACAACAGCACUCUUUAUUGGCUUGGCAGCAUCCAGGUGAUACUUCAACAGAGAGUGUAGGAUGUUAAUUUAUUUUUUAUAAAACAGACACAACACAAGGCCUUAUCUUCUUCCUUCUCCCCUCUCUCUUUCUCUCUUUUUUUUUUUUUUUUUUUUUUUCUUUUUUUUUU